CUGAAGGGGGGGAUUCUUUCUUGAAGUGAACACAUAGGCAAUUGAUAAGUUGUAAAGGUACUGGGAAAGAAAACCGUUAGCUCAGGGGCGAAAUUGCUUUUAUAAUAACGAUUCCAACAGUUGAUUUGCGUCGCUACAUCCUUCAUUGCAACGAAAGCGGUUAAGUUCGGCGUGUUCUCUACGCCAGUUGUUUAGUGGGAGGAAAAUGCCAUCUUUUUCAUGGAGGCUUUGGCUUGGCCUGGUUCUGAUCCUCCCAUCUUCGCUGGCGGCGGACGAAGUGUCGUCGCUGCUGCAGGACUGGCAUGACGUGUGGCUGUUCCGCUUCUUCCUCAACGUGCUGGGCUAUACCACCAUCAUCAUCCCAGGCUACUUCCUCAUCACCUACUUGAAGAGGAUCAACUACCUCCAAACAGGUGUGGAUGAUCUACAAACUGGCCGAGGCAUUUUCUAUCCUGUCAUAAAGGCCUGUGUGUUUGGAAGUGAAACGAAGACAGGUCUCCUAGACGAUGUGUCGCUAGCUCCCAGAAAUGAUGCGGACUCGGGCUCGUCGGCCAGACAAGCCUUCAAGUUAGUCUUCUGCGCUGCAGGACUUCAGGUGUCCUACCUGACAUGGGGUGUCCUACAGGAGAGGGUGAUGACUCGCUCGUACGGGGCUUCCACCCCCGAGGAGGAGGGCGAACACUUCAAGGACUCCCAGUUCCUGGUGUUCAUGAACCGUAUCCUGGCGCUGACCGUGUCAGGCCUGUGGUGUGUCCUGUUUAAGCAGCCCCGCCACGGCGCACCCAUGUACAAGUACUCAUUUGCCUCGCUCUCCAACGUCCUCAGCAGCUGGUGCCAGUACGAGGCCCUCAAGUACAUCAGCUUCCCCACCCAGGUGCUGGCCAAGGCCUCUAAAGUGAUCCCAGUCAUGCUCAUGGGCAAGAUUGUGUCACACAAGAGCUACGAGUACUGGGAGUACCUGACGGCGGCACUCAUCUCUCUGGGUGUCAGCAUGUUCUUGUUGACGAGCACGGCAGAUAAGCACCCAUCUACGGUCACAACGUUCAGCGGCGUGGUCAUCUUGGGUGGCUACAUAGUCUUCGACAGCUUCACGUCCAACUGGCAGGACAACCUGUUCAAGCACAAGAUGUCAUCUGUGCAGAUGAUGUUCGGGGUCAACCUCUUCUCCUGCCUCUUCACCGUGGGCUCGCUGCUGGAGCAGGGCGCCUUCUUCGACUCGCUGGCCUUCAUGACGCGCCACUCGGAGUUUGCAUUCCAUGCUGUGCUGCUGUCGGUGUGCUCGGCGUGCGGCCAGCUCUUCAUCUUCUACACCAUCGCGCAGUUCGGCGCUGCCGUCUUCACCAUCAUCAUGACCCUGCGGCAGGCCAUCGCCAUCCUGCUCUCCUGCUUCCUGUACGGCCACGCCGUCACCAUGGUGGGGGGCUUUGGCAUGGCCGUGGUCUUCCUCUCCCUCUUCCUGCGUGUCUACGCCCGCAGCCGCAUGAAGGCGGGACGCAAGGUACCGCAGCCACAGGUGCAGAAGGUCUAGGAGGAGGAAUUGGAGGGAACUGGAAAAUGAACUAAAGCCACGUUUUCGGUGGCGCUUUUUCUCGUCUGUGUGUCCAGUUUGACUUUUUAAGUGUUCAUUUUAUGGGUUUCUACUUGUAUAGAAAGGUACAGAAAGGGAUUUAAUGCCUUUUAAAGGUGUUUGACUUGACACGAACUGAGCUGUUGUCGGAGGUCAUUCGGCUAAAACAAUCAGCAGUCACAGGCGUUUUAAAUUACACGGCAACUGUCGCUUGUCCAUUUGUGUAUCUGAAACCCAGCUCAAAAGCAUACCACAUUGGCAUGUGAAAUGUAAAUAACUGAUAAUGGCUGAUGCCUUUUGAUUUCUGCCUCCAUGAUAUGCUUCUGGAGCAGCACUCGGAACAUAAAUUUGACAUUUGAGGUGUAGUGUACAUGAGCUGUGUACUGCAAGACUCCAGCUCUUGGUAAUGUAACAUUGCGAAUGGCACCAUAUUAAGUGGUUUAUAAGGCCUCUAUGAAAAGUCACCUUGACAGUGAGAGAACAUGAGAUAUUGUGGUGAGCGGAGCAGGGGGUCUUCUCGGUUUAGAUACUAUAUCAAUUUAGUUUAAAAACUAUGUCAUUAUUGCAUUGUUCUACUUUUUGGACAUGGCAUGAGAGAAAUGUUCUGUGAUCAUUACUAGUCAAUGAUCAGGUCAUUCUGUUUGAAUAUUUUAUUUCUUCUGUAUAAAGAAGAUUCACUUUGGGCAGUGUUCUGACUUGAGAUCUGCCCACUUAACUUACGUUUUCGCAGAAGUCUAUCAUUGACAUGAAUGAAGGAUUUACGAGGACAUUCGAGCUGUGCAAACCCAGAUCUCAAGUCAAAAUACAGAUCAUAGAAAGUUGAUGUUUUUUGUCCCUCGUGGCUUACCAGAGUAUGUCUGAUAAGGAAUGUUACUGAUCGUGUCCCCACAGAGAGAACUAAACCAUUUUCCUCACAGUAUCACAAGAAUAAAUGCGCAGCUUACCAGCAAACCAUCAAAAAUAACUUUGCAGCAGUUAAUGUUCUAUAUUAUAUGGACCUGGAACUGUGUCUGUCACCACCACAGUGCCUACAGAAAGUAUUCAGACCACUUGACUUUUUCCACAUUUUGUUACGUUACAGCCUAUUCUAAACUGUAUUACAUCGUUUUUUCCCCCUCCUCAAUCUACACACAAUUCCACCAUAAUGUCAAGGCAAAAACGGGUUUUUAGAAUUGUUUGCAAAUGUAAUUAAACAAAAUAUAUUUGCGUAAGUUUGCAGACCCUGUUCAUUCAUGCACCUGAGCUCAACUUCGAGUCUCAUAGCAAAGGGUCUGCAUACUUGGGUAAAUAAGGUAUUUCUGUUUUUAAAGUUGUAUAAAUAUGCAAACAUUUCUAAAAACCUGUUUUCGCUUUGUAAUUAUAGGGUGUUGUGUGUAGAUUGACGAGCAAAAAAAACAAUUGAAUCAAUUUUAGAAAAAGGCUAACGUGACUGUGGAAAAAGGCUAACGUGACUGUGGAAAAAGGCUAACGUGACUGUGGAAAAAGGCUAACGUGACUGUGGAAAAAGGCUAACGUGACUGUGAAAAAAGGCUAACGUGACUGUGAAAAAAGGCUAACGUGACUGUGGAAAAAGGCUAAAGGCUUGGGAUCUGAAUACUUUCCGCUGCAGUGUGUGUGUGUUCGGCCAACAGAUGCUUAUUCAAGAUGCCCAUCUUAUUUUUAAAUAGGACACACUAACGUUGGGUCAUGCAAAAGACAAUUUACUGUCAAGUGCCAGCAAGAGUUGCAGCCAGACGGAUUUAUUUGAACAUUCAGCCUGCACAAUUAUUUGCUCUCUGCUUUGUUAGUUUAGGAUUCAACUCAGCAAACCAUAGUGACAUAUUUGAUUAGCAUAAAUGCCAUCAAUCUUUAUGCUGUAUGUUCAAAGUUUUGUGGCAUUAAUUUAGUGGCCUGGCUGACCCAGGAAGUGUGUAUGGAGAGGGAAGGACUUCCAGUUUGCCUAGCCAGGCAAAUGAAUCGGCGCAAUGUAUAUAAACUAAUUAUCAUUAAUUGAUACACUAUAUGUUUGUAUACAGUACCAGUUAAGUUUGGACAAACGUACUCAUUCGAGGGUUUUACUUAAUUUUGUAUUAUUUUCUACAUUGUAGAAUAAUAGUGAAGACUUCUAAACUAUGAAAUAACACACACUACCAUUCAAAACUUUGUGGUCACUUAGAUAUUUACUUGUUUUUGAAAGAAAUGCAAAAAAUGUUUGUCCAUUAAAAUAACAUCAAAUUGAUCAGAAAUACAGUGUAGACAUUGUUAAUGUUGUAAAUUACUAUUGUAGCUGGAAACAUUUUAUUUUCAUGGAAUAUAUACAUAGGCGUCCAGAGGCCUAUUAUCAGCAACCAUCUCUCGUAUGUUCCAAUGGCACGUUGUGUUAGCUAAUCCAAGUUUAUCAUUUUAAAAGGCUAAUUGAUCAUUACAAAACCCUUUUGCAAUUAUGUUAGCACAGCUGGAAACUGUUGUACUGAUUAAAUAAGCAAUACAACUGGCCUUCUUUAGACUAGACUAGUUGAGUAUCUGGAGCAUCAGCAUUUGCGGGUUUGAUUACAGGCUAAAAAUGGCCAGAAACGAAGAACUUUCUUCUGAAACAUGUCAGUCUAUUCUUGUUCUUAGAAUUUAAGGCUGUUCCAUGCUGAAAUUGCCAAGAAACUGAAGAUCGCAGAACAGCGCAAACUGGCACUAACCAGAAUAGAAAGAGGAGUGGGAGACCCCGGUGCACAACUGACCAGGAGGACAAGUACAUUAGCAUCUAGUUUGAGAAACAGAUGCCUCACAAGUCCUCAAUUGGCAGCUUCAUUAACUUCUUGGCGCACCCAUCCUGUUAGCAGGAUCAUUUUCGUCAACAUCCACUGAAUUGCAGAGCGCCAAAUUAAAUUACUCAAAAUAUUUCAUUUUCAUAAUCACAAGUGCAAUAUAGCAAAACAAAGCUUAGCUUGUUGUUAAUCCACCUGGCAUAUCAGAUUUCAAAAAAGCUUUACAGCAAAAGCUAUCCAAGCAUUUAUGUUAGGACAUCUCUCUCAGCAGACAAAACAUUACAAACAGCUAGCAGCAAAGUAGAUUGGUCAGAAAAGCAAUAAAAUGAAUUGCAUACCUUUUGAUGAUCUUCGGAUGUUUGCGCUCACGAGACUUCCAGUUACACAAUAAAUGUUCCUUUUGUUCCAUAAAGAUUAUUUUUAUAUCCAAAAACCUCCAUUUGGUUGGCACGUUUUGUUCAGAAAUCCACAGGCUCGUGCAGAUCAUGACGGGCAGACGAAAAUUCCAAAUAGUAACCAUAAAGUUCGUAGAAACAUGUCAAACGUUUUUUAUAAUCAAUCCUCAGGUUGUUUUUACAAUAAAUAAUCGAUAGUAUUUCAACCGGACCGUAGCUUUUUCAAUAGGAGAGAGAGAGAAAAUGUCUGCUCCAAGCUGUUGCACAUGCAAAACUCUGCUGGCACCCAGCCAUCCACUGACAUGAUGUGAUUGUAUCUCAUUUUUCAGAAUAAAAGGCUGAAACUAUGUCUAAAGACAGUUCACACCAUGUGGAAGCCAUAGGGAAAGGAAUCUGGUUUGAUAUCCCUUUUAAAUGGAGGGAAGGCAUGCAAUGGAACAGGGAGAUUUGUUUCUCUUAGGCACUUCCUGGUUGGACUUUCCUCAGGUUUUCACCUGCAAUAUCAGUUCUGUUAUACUCACAGACAAUAUUUUGACAAUUUUGGAAACUUUAGGAUAGAAAACACUCCAAUCUGACAAUUUAAAUGCAUAUUCACGAUUCUGGGCCUGAGAAAUAGGCAGUUUAAUUUGGGUACGUUUUUCAUCCAAACAUCAAAAUACUGCCCCCUACACUCAACAGGUUAAAUGGUACCCGCAAAAUACCAGUCUCAACGUCAGCAGUGAAGAUGCGACUCCGGGAUGCUGGCCUUCUAGGCAGAGUUGCAAAGAAAAAGCCAUAUCUCAGACUAGCCAAUAAAAAUACAAGUUUAUGAUGGGCAAAAGAACACAGACACUGGACAGAGGAACUCUACCUAGAAGGCCAGCAUCCCGGAGUUGUCUCUUCACUUUUGACGUUGAGACUGGUGUUUUGCAGGUACUAUUUGUAUUUCUGAUCAAUUUGAUGUUCUUUUAAUGGACAAUUUUUAAAAAUUUUCUUUCAAAAACAAGGGAAUUUCUAAGUGAUCCCAAACUUUUGAACGGUAGUGUAUGGAAUCAUGUAGUAACCAAGAACGUGUUAAACAAAUCAAAAUAGAUUUUAAAUUCUUCAUGUGGAAUGCUUUUCCAACGGUCAUGAAGGAGUUCCAACAUAUGCUGAGCACUUGUUGGCUGCUUUUCCUUCACUCUGCAGUCCAACACAUCCCAAACCAUCUCAAUUGGGGUUGAGGUCGGGGGAUUGUGGAGGCCAUGUCAUCUGAUACAGCACUCCAUCCCUUUCCUUCUUGGUCAACUAGCCCUUACACAGCCUGGAGGUGUGUUUUGGGUCAUUGUCCUGUCGGAAAAACAAAUGAUAGUCCCACUAAGCGCAAACCAGAUGGGAUGGCGUAUUGCUGCAGAAUGCUGUGGUAACUAUGCUGGUUAAGAGUGCCUUGAAUUCUAAACAAAUAACUAACAGUGUCACCUUCAAUGCACCAUCACAUUACCUCCUCCGUUCUUCAUGGUGGGAACCCCUCAUGUGGAGAUCGUCCGUUAACCUCCUCUUCCAUGCUUCAUGGUGGGAACCCCUCAUGUGGAGAUCGUCCGUUCACCUCCUCUUCCAUGCUUGAUGGUGGGAACCCCUCAUGUGGAGAUCGUCCGUUCACCUCCUCUUCCAUGCUUCAUGGUGGGAACCCCUCAUGUGGAGAUCGUCCGUUCACCUCCUCUUCUAUGCUUCAUGGUGGGAACCCCUCAUGUGGAGAUCGUCCGUUCACCUCCUCUUCCAUGCUUCAUGGUGGGAACCCCUCAUGUGGAGAUCGUCCGUUCACCUCCUCUUCCAUGCUUCAUGGUGGGAACCCCUCAUGUGGAGAUCGUCCGUUCACCUACUCUGCGUCUCACAAAGACACGGCGGUUGAAACCAAAUAUCUCAAAUCAGACCAAAGGACAGAUUUCCACCGGUCUUAUGUCCAUUGCUCGUGUUUCUUGGCCCAAGCAAGUCUCUUCUUAUUGGUGUCCUUUUUAGUAGUGGUUUCUUUGCAGCAAUUCAACCAUGAAGGCCUGAUUUCAUGCAGUCUCCUCUGAACAGUUGUUGACAUGUCUGUUUGUUGAACCCUGUGAAGCAUUUAUUUGGGCUGCAAUCUGAGGUGCAGUUAACUCUAAUGAAUUUAUGUGCUCAGCAGAGGAAACUGGGUCUUCCUUUCCUGUGGCGGUCCUCAUGAAAGCCAGUUUCGUCAUAGCGCUUGAUGGUUUUUGCAACUGCACUUGAAGAAACUUUCAAAGUUCUUGAACUUUUUCCGGAUUGACUGAUCUUCAUGUCUUAAAGUAAUGAUGGACUGUCAUUUCUCUUUGCUUAUUUGAGCUGUUUCUGCCAUAAUAUGGACUUGGUCUUUUGCCAAAUAGGGCUAUCUUCUGUAUACCACCCCUACCAUGUCACAACUCAUUGUCUCAAGCGCAUUAAGAAGGAAAACAUUUUUAAAAAUGUACUUUUAACAAGGCACACCUGUUAAUUGAAAUGCAGCUGCGUUUGGCUACUUAAACAAAUCAAAAUAUGUUUGAGAUUUUUCAAAAACCUUUUUGGUUACUACAUGAUUCCAUAUGUAUUAUUUCAUAGUUUUGAUGUCUUCACUAUUAUUCUACAAUGUAGAAAAUGGAAACAAAUAAAGAAAAACCCUUUAUUGAGUAGGUGUGUCCAAACUUUUUCCUGGUACACUGCGUGUACCUAACAUUAAGAACACCUUCCUAAUAUUGAGUUGCACCCCCCACUUUUGCCCUCAAAAGAUGUAUCAAGUAUCAUCGAGAUCAUAAGAGAUCAUAGCUUUCACCUGGUCGAUCCAUCAUGGAAAGAGCAGGUGUUUGUAAUGUUUUGUACACUCGGUGUAUAACUUGGAACCGGACUUGGACCUGUUAUACUGGUAUUAUCAACAUUUUAAAAUUUAUAUUCAAACAAGCCAUUGUCAGUAAUCACCCAUAGGGCGUAGCAUGUACAGGCACUGUCAAUGAAGGGUGUUUAUUUGUCAAAUUGCAAUCACUUCAUGAAGUUGAAAUAUAAAACAUUCAAAUAUACAGCACUAUCAUUAACUAUGGUCCAGAAGCCAAUCUGCUCUUGCUGCAACACUUGGGAUGAAUAUGACUCAAAACAAUAUCAAUGCCCCAUGUAUAGGCUGUACAAAUGUUAUAUUUUUAUGUUCUGUUUGCUUGACACCUUUGUUGAGAUGUCAGUUGGUUUAUGGUGGUGUUUGAAUAGACUGUUUGCCCCACCUCUAUCCGGCCUAGACAAAGACUAUAGUUAGAACAACUAAUGUACUAGUAGCAAAGCAAAUGUCAUAGAAUGGGUCAUGGGAUGUGGCAUAUUCAAGAUAAUUCAAUGGUUUUUACAGAGCCUUGAAUGUUGUCUAGGGAAGAAUGCAAUGUAAACAUUUGUCUUUGGACACAUGGUGCGUAGUCGAAUACAGUACAUGUGGAGUCAUACAUUUAAAAAGAAAAAUCUGUCUGUAAUGAUGUGCUUGUUUUGGGGAGAGCUGCGCUGUUGAUAUCUGCUUUUUGAUGUGUGAAUGUUUUAAUGUGGCCUGAAUGGAUGGUGAUGGUGGUUGAUGUUCUCUCUCAGGAAUGUGAAGGAUGGAUUGGACAGUCUUGGGCUUUGGCGUAGAACUAAAUGUAACCGGUACUUUCUGUUUUUAUCCUUUGUAGUAUUUCAACUAGUAGGCUGGAUUGAUCAUUAAAAUAUUUUAAAUGAAUUUAAA